AUGGAGCUUCCUCGAAUACGGCCGCUAGACGAGGCUGUUGUGAAUCGCAUUGCUGCGGGCGAGAUCGUUCUCGCGCCAUCAAGUGCGCUCAAGGAGAUGCUGGAGAACUCGAUCGACGCCGGGGCGUCCUCGAUCGACGUCGCGUGCAAGGACGGCGGACUCAAGCUGUUGCAAAUCACCGAUAACGGCUCGGGGAUCGCGAAAGAGGACCUCGCGAUCGUGUGUGAGCGCUUUACCACGUCGAAACUGCGCAAAUUUGAAGACCUACAGCAUAUCUCCACGUAUGGGUUCCGGGGAGAGGCUUUGGCGAGCAUUUCUCACAUUGCGCAUCUCUCUGUGAUCACCAAGACCGCAGACGACUCAUGCGCAUGGAAGUGUCUUUAUAAAGCCGGCAAGGUUGACCCGCCGCUGUCCCAGCCGCAGGCGGUGGCUGGAAAAGACGGAACCACCAUCACUGUCGAGGACUUAUUUUUCAAUUUCCCCUCGCGGCUCAACUCGCUGCGCAGUCCGUCCGAAGAGUACGCCAAAAUCCUCGACGUGGUGAGCCGGUACGCGGUGCACACAACCGGCGUUGGGUUCACGUGCAAAAAGUACGGCACCACGGCCAACGACAUUACUAUUCGUGCAAACGUGACACAGAAGGAGCGCAUUCGCGCGAUCUACGGUUCCUCUGUGGCAAGCGAUCUGCUGGAGUUUUCCGUGGAGCCUGAGCCGAGCUUUGGUCUGUCAAAGUGCUCGGGUUACGUGACAAAUGUCAAUUUUGACAAUAAAAAGAGCAUUGCUCCAAUUUUCUUCAUCAACGGACGGCUAGUUACUUGCGACCCGCUGCGUCGCGCAUUGCAACAAACAUACAACAGCUACUUGCCCAAGGGCCAUAAGCCGUUUGUGUAUCUGUCGCUGGAACUGGAUUCGACCAAUGUCGACGUAAACGUGCACCCUACCAAACGAGAGGUGCGGUUUCUGUUUGAAGACGAGAUCGUGGACCACAUUUCUGCGAAACUGGCCGAGGUACUGUCGAACGUGGACGUUUCGCGAACGUUCCUUACCCAGCAGUUGUUGCCGAGCCCCAAAAGAGUGGCCACCAACCAGGAAAUCGUCAGCUCUGCACCCAAAAAAGCCCGUCCAUUGCCGACUUUGAGCCAGUACAAGCGGCCUAGCGAACACAAGCUGGUCAGAACAGACUUCUCGCAGUCAACAAUCUCCACAUACCUCCCGCAACAGUCCAAGAUCGAAACAAGCUUCACCGAAGGAACACAGCGCACAAAAGUCAAGCUCAAGAGUAUAUUCGAGCUGAAACACGAAACCGAGCAAAAAGUGGACAAACGUCUGCUAGAGAUCUUUAGCCGCCUGACUUUCAUUGGGGUUGUGGACUCGCUCAAACGGCUCAUGUGUUUCCAGUACGACGUGAACCUGUUCAUGGCCGAUUAUGGGUGUUUGUGCUACGAGCUGUUCUACCAGAUCGGUCUGUCUGACUUCAGCAACUUUGGCACGUUAAGGCUGUCGCAGCCGGUCAGUAUUGAUCAGCUUCUUGUGGAAAACGGACUCGAUCACGGAAAAGAUACAGUUGUGUCUGUAUUUGUCGAAAUGAAAGACAUGUUGUUGGAGUACUUUUCUAUUGAAAUUGACACUGAGCAGCCAGAAGACCCGCGAAUCGUGACUCUACCGCUGCUGGCAAAGGGCUACGUGCCAGAUCUCGGAAAACUGGCCCUGUUUGUCUUUAGAUGCGGCACCAAGGUCAACUGGGACGACGAAAAAGAGUGUCUGGGCGGAAUAAUCCAACAACUUGCCCUGCUAUACGUUCCUGGAGCCAAGGAAGACGACGCCGAGAUCGCCAGCACGCUGGAAACCGUCAUCUGUCCACUGCUAAAGUCUCGGUUCUUACCGAGCUCGGAUCUCAAGCCAGACGUGGUGGAGAUCGCCAACCUGCCGGGCCUCUACAAAGUGUUUGAGCGCUGUUGA